CGCAGCUGGUGAUUGUGAUUGCGCCGUGAAAAUACAUGUGUGAUGAAUCUAAAUGCUUUUGUUUCCGGAAAUUGCAUUGCGAGUUUGAUCUGAGAGGAUUUGGUGCAGUGUAUUAUAUAUCCAAAUGGUAUUUCAGAGUGAAUCAUUUCAACAGUCAUCCUGGACUUGACAAUGAAGGCUGAACUAAAUUCAGCAUCUUCACACUCUGUCCAGCUGCUCAAAAACAUCGAGCAGCUGAAGAGUAAGUUGGGCACAUCAAAAUGCAUACAGGGCGACCGGGACACCACCGUCGCCCACUACGAGAUGCAGACCGUGCUCAAGAAGCUGCUGCUCACGGACCUGGAAUAUGCUCUCGAUCACAAGGCAGAACAAGAGCUGUGGAACACCUGCUUCAAGUGCCAGAUCACACUGAUGCAAACAAAUGCAAAGGAUAAAAAGAUCGGCGCCAAGCAGAAGGAGUGGCAGGCGACGCUGCACCUGUUCCUGGACUCUGCCCUCGGCUUCUAUACCGCCCUGCUGAACCAGCUCUGCCAGAUGUACGACAUCGAUCUACCGUUCAGGAGGAAGGACGCCGUCCUGUUUGGCUCCUUUGCUGACGAGAACCGACCGCCAGCGUCAGCGCCCAGCCGCAGUUCCUGCUGCUAUGUGGUCCAGGACUGUCUGGUGCACAUGGGAGACAUCGCACGCUACCGAGGCAGGGCCAAGCAGGCCGAGUCAUUCUACCGACACGCGGUGAAGCUGGUGCCCACCAGUGGCCAGCCGUAUAACCAACUGGCGCUGCUGGAGGCACAUCACGGUGAUCGCAUCUCGCCUGUGUACUACUACGUACGCAGUCUGGCCGUGCGUACACCGUUCCCGGCGGCUACCACCAACCUGAGCAAACUCUACAGCCGACUGGCCACGCAGGGCCCGGCGCUGGAGGGCCGUCGUCACCUCUCGGCCGCCGACUACACGAUGCUGUUUCUGCAGCUACAGGCCCGUUUGCAGCAGCGGUGUGAGCCGCGUGCCCUGCGCCCGCUCCUGAUCGCCCUGUCCACCAGCCUGCCGCGUCUGCUGCUCGCCGAGGCGCUCUCGCCGUGGAGACUGCUGCAGAUGCUGGUAAUCAGCGUACAGUCGGCGGCGGCGGCUGCCGGUCGGCCUGACGGCGGAGCACCCCUGGAGCUCACCCGUCUGCCGGAGCCCCAGCAGCGACUGGUGGCGGCCGCCCUGGAGCCGUCGGCCGCCACGCUGGACGCCCUGCUGCGCUGUUCGUACCGUCUGGAGACCACCGAGCAGCGCCGCCGCUGGCCGCUGCUGCCCGUCGUACGUCUGUACGUAUGCUGGCUGGCGGACUGGCCGCAGGUUCUGACCACCGAGCCGUUCACCACUCGACCCCAGCUGUGGGCUCAUCUCUGUCACCUGGUUAACGGGCUGGAGGUCACCCCGGAGAUGGUCACAGAGGCAGUGGAGAACAGCCUGCCUCUGCCCGAGGACGUCGACCUGGCGGGUUUCCUGCCCCUCUCCGGCUCCCAGCGCACCCUUCGCCUGGCCCGGCCGCCGGUGCCGGCCGCCGCGCAGGCCACUGUACGCGCCGGUCGUCUGCGGGCCGCCUGCCAGCGCCUGACCGGGUCCGGUGUGGUCUGGGGCGCCGCGCCGGCCGGCAGACUGGAGACGGCCUACCAGACCGAGCCGAGCGUGGUGCUGCAGCAGCUGACACUGGCCGAGAGCGGCGCAGACUCCUGGCCGCCAACCAUCGGCUCGGAGACAGGUCAGGACCCCACCUCUCCAUCGGAGCAGCUGACGCCGGGCGCCGGGGACCCGGCACAGACCGGUCGUCCCUCCCACCAGCCGGCAGAGGCCAAGGGAGGCAUACUCAAGGCAGAGGGCGGUGGCACGGGCCGACGUCGCCAGAACGUGGCUCUGCAGGCUCUGAUGCGGUCUGGUCCCCGCCCCGCUCCACCCGGAGACGAGCCGCGCUCCCGGGAGAGCCGACAGGUGACCUUCCGCACACCGUCGCCGCCGACACCGGCACAGACUCCGACCCCGAACGUCCCUCGCCCGGCACCGGUGGACAACCGCCCGCCGCGCCUCUGCGAGCCGCGCCGGCCUCCGCCGGGCCCGGCCGGCCUGUCGGGCGGGCUGGGACCGGCCGGAGGACCAGCGCCGCCCGCCGCCGGAGUCUGGCCGCCGCCCCGACCCCGCCACCCCCUCGAGGACUCACCACCGGCGCACUUCAACCCCAGUGUUCCACCGCCGGGCUGGAGCGGCGCCCAGCCGGCCGCCCAGCCCCAGCCGCCCCCGCCGCCGCCGCCGCCCCAGGAGCCGCUGCGACUGCCGUGGGGCGGCUGGGCGAUGGCCGGCCCGAGCGCGCAGCAGCCCAGUCCGCUGGCGGCCAUGCUCAGCCAGGUGCGGGUGCCGGCUCCGGCUCAGGGUCCGGGACCCGGUCCGGAGCCGCCCGGACGCCGACCCGACGAGCUCGGCGUCUACUCGCUGUUCCCGAGCGCCCCAGCUCCGGAGAUGACCUCUCGCGGCGCUGCUUACUCGCUCUUCCCAUCGGCCGGCAUGCAACAUCCGCUGUGGCCGUCGGCGGGACCGUCGCCCCUGGAGCGUCUGAUCGAACAGCAGCGACAACAGAGUCGACGCGGUGACCCGUGACCCGACCUGGCGUGACCUGACCUGAGCUGACCUGAUGCCUAACAUGGCUUGGACCGGACUGAGCCGGCCUGCCGCUGACCGUCACAGCACACCUGAUCGCCAAACGGGCUGCCGAGGCGCCCAAAGAACCGGCGCAGCUGCCGAGGGCUGGAGUCACCUGACGAGGCCAGACCCGCUGGCUGGGAAAGCUGCACGGUGUGGGAAGGCGCCCUGCAGCCGCCGCUCCUCUAGCUGAGCAGACGUAGCGCCGACCGAACGCAGACAAGCUGUACACGCACUGCCGACGGGCCUUGAAUCUAUCUGACCGGCGUCUCAGACCUUCCCGGUUCGGGACCGCGGAGGUGGAGUUUCGCCGGGAGGUGGCGACGGUGGCGCCACCUUUUUCGGCGCCGCUGUUUUGGGGUAGUUUUAUCGGCCCGCCGUGUCUGGCGUAUUUGAUCGGCCCGUUACGUGGAAUGGUGCCGUGGUGGGGUAAUGUGUGGAUCUUGGGCCGAAUCUGAGGGCACAGCAAGUCGCUGUUUGACCCCGAUCGGUGGCUGGGUGACCGUGAGCUUUUCUGAGGGUGCUAUCACAAGCUGUGCUGGCUGAUUUGUUGGGAGAAAAAUCGAGAUGGGACAACCGCAAUACUGACUGGCAUGGGAUUUGCCGAAGAUGAAGUGACACCCAUUAAAAAUCCUACGGCAUUUUCAUGGACACUGGUUAAAUUAUGUGUCACUGAUUGGUGGCGAGCACAAAUUAAUGUUGCGAGGCAAUAAAUCUACGAAUUGCUACAGA